ACGCUAUUUCUUGUGAAGACGCUAUUCCCGGUGAAGGCGGUGAAGACGCAAUUCCCAGUGAAAACGCUAUUCUGGAUGAAGACGCUAUUCCCGGUGAAGACGCUAUUCCCGGCGACGACGCUAUUCCGCGUGAAGACGCGUUCUGGGGACACAGACAGCACUUCCCCCAUGAAGACGCCUGUCCCUGUGAAGACGCUAGUCCCGGCGAAGACGCUAUUCCUUGUGAAGACGCUAUCCCCUGUGAAGGCGCUAUUCCCGGUGAAGACGCUACUCCUGGUGAAGACGCUAUUCCCGGUGAAGACGCUAUUCCGGUUGCCGGUGAAGACGCCUUUCCCUGUGAAGCCGCUAUUCCCGGUGAAGACGCUGUUCCCGGUGAAGACGCUGUUCCUUGUGAAGACGCUGGUCCCUGUGAAGACGCUAUUCCCG